UUCACCAUUUAAAGAAGGGAUUUGCUCCUGCCAGGAUGACCCAUCUCGGUGCCCAAAGACAACAGGAGAAGAGUUCCUGCAGCCACCCGGUUCCUCCAUCGUCCACCAAGAUGGUCCUCCUUCCUUCCCUUCUUCUUGUCCUCAUCUGCCUGUCAGGAUCCUUCGGCCAAACAAAUCUCUGGAACAAGGUCUUUGUUUUCCCAAGAACAUCUUCCACGGCCGCUGUCGUUCUCCACGUCUCCAACCAGGAACCCUUGACCAAGCUGACCGUCUGCUUGGGAUAUUACACCCUCCUGUCCCGUUCGUACAGCCUCUUCUCUUACGCCACCCGCUCCAGCGACAACGAUUUCCUGAUUAUCAAAUUCCGCCCCAAUGAAUAUUCCAUUUACGUUGGUGGCUCAUGGGUAAAUUUCAAGGUCCCUGAGAAGGAGAAACCGAGCUGGGACCACAUCUGUGUAUCCUGGGACUCAAGCAACGGGCUGGUCCAAUUGUGGCUCAACGGAGAACCCUUCCCUCGACAGGGACUGAAAAAGGGUUACAGCAUCAGCCCCGAGGCCUCCAUCGUGCUGGGGCAGGAGCAGGACAAGUUCGGAGGGAGCUUUAACGUCAACCAGUCCUUCGUGGGGGAGAUUUCGGAUGUCAACCUGUGGUCCCGGGUGCUGAGCCCUGCUGAGGUUAGAUUGGCUAAGAGCAAUAUUCAGCUGGUUGGUCAUCUAAUUAACUGGAACUCCCUGAGCUACACCAUCAAGAACAAUGUCUUUGUGGAGGAUUUCCUGGCUCCCCAAAAUGCAUGCAUCUGAGAAAGAAAGAAAGAAAGGAAGGAAGGAAGGAAGGAGGGAAGAAAAUUCUUUGCAAAAAAAAUCUAUAUUUCUGCAAUGGGAUGCAAAUUGCUCAAGUAGCUGUUAAUGAAUUACAUUACAUUAUAAUGAGUUACAUUAAUUAAUGAAUUACACUAAUCAACGCUUGAAAAGAAUACGUGAGCAUUACAAUUUCUUUGUCAAUAAAAUUAGCUUUUUUUGGCUUCAUGUUGGGUUGAAUGUUCCUUGUGGAUUCUUCUUAUUGGAAAAAAAAAAUACUAAAUGGAGGUUUAGGGGACCACAAUACUUCCAAAAAUCACCUACAGAUAGAAUCUUGCCUUGGCACGAGUUUCUCUAUUUUUUUCUUCUUUCUUCUCUUUCUCUCUUUGUUCUUCCUCUCUUUUCCU